CACUUUCUUGAGGGUGUUCGCGGGAUUUAGAGUUUAACAGGUGUUGCUUCUCAGUUCUUUGUGUUAAGGAUGCACGCCUUUUCGGAUUAUCCAUCGCCGUUUUCUCUCAGGCCUAGUUGUGAUUAUUUGUCGUCAAGAAUUUUAACACCACCCGUGGUUCGAAGACGGCUACCCCAAAUUCGUUCUUCCACGCUUCGGAAAGAUCGCAUGUCCAGGCCUCUUUCCACAUCUUUCCUAGAAACUGUCAGAGCGUACGGAAGCGGUGAUAGUCACACAGCUGCCGUGUAUGCAGGUAGACACUUCAGCAGAAAAGAAAUACCUCUGUGUACACCUGAUGAACUGUUAGACAUUAUUCGGGAGCCUUCAGGAUAUUAUUCACUACCUACAGAUCCUUGGAAUGAAGUAUAUCCUGGUGUAUAUCUGAGUGAUGCCCCUACAGCCAUGUGCACAUCUUUGUUGAAACGUAUGGGUAUCACUCAUGUCUUAAAUGCAGCUCAAGGGAAGGAGAAAAGCUGUGGACAAGUUAACACCUGGUCAGGGUUUUAUUCGCAGUCUGGUAUUCAGUUUCUUGGAGUUCCUGCUUUUGACAAUGUCGUCUUCCGAAUUUAUCCAUACUUUGAGGAAGCGUCACAGUUCAUUCAGGAUGCUCUCAAAACAGGAGGUAAAGUCCUCGUGCACUGUCGUGCUGGAAUCAGUAGAUCAGCGACACUUGUGUGCGCAUAUCUUAUGCUGAAAGAAGGCUUCAGUGUUCAAGAGGCAGUGAAAGCAGUUCGCAAGCACAGAGCUAUCAUUCCGAACGAUGGAUUUCUUCAACAAUUAUGCGAUCUCAAUGACAAACUUAAACGCAAAAAUAAUAUUUGACGCACUUCAAGAAUAAAAUAAUUCCUCUUUCGACCAAUUUAUCAUAAAUUAACGACACUGAGAAAUUUUUGUUAUUGGAGGAAAAGAUGAGUGCUGAGGAUAAAAAAAAAAUGAACAUUAGUAUAAUUACAGUGCAUUUUUCCAGAAUGAUACGUGCAUAUGCGAAGAAAUCAGUGAAAGCCAAUCAUUUGUUUUAUUUUCCAUUAUGUUAAAAAAACCAAUCAUUUCAAUUGUAUUUUAGAAUUUCUUAACCUAUGCAGAUAUCUAACUCGCGAUCAAACAAUCAUAAAAUUUAUUACUGAUUGAAUGCCUAAAAGCUGCAGAAUUUGUCUCAGGUUCCGUUCUAAGCAGCCAAACGAGCUAAUUGCGUGGAAUAUCAUGGUUUUCUUCGUAUUUAAUGGCAGGGUAGUUUUCUUUAGAAUAUCAUCCAAAAAAACAUUUUUUUUUUAAAAUUUGCGAUGGAUUAACAAAAAGUUAAAAAUAACUAAAAUCUUAUAAACAGAAGUUACAAACAAUAGAACUAAGAACAAAAAGGCCGAAAUCUUUACCUAAAGAGCGUUAUUAAUUCCCAGUAUCUCGACUCUUCUGUAAAACCACGAAGAGCCUCACAUCGGAGUAGGUGACACCAGUCCAUUUCUUCUCCAGAAUCACAAAGUGGGCAAAUAGAAUCGCUUGAAAUGCAUGUAUAGUGCAGGUGGACGGCAAGGCAAUUUUAAGGCUAUAAGAUAAGAUAUUAGAUGUAAAUAAUUUUUUUUAAAAAACAGUUUAAUCCUUCAAUAUGAAAUGGAUAUAUUUGGAUAUUGUAGUGAGCUGGCACGUUUUCUUGCAAGAAAGUCCGCUUGUUCAUUGUUCCAAAGGCCACAAUGGCCAGGCACCCACUGGAGAACGAUUUGUUCCCUCUCACUUUAAAGUGAGAAUUCUCAGGAACUCUUGACAAUAUAAAAUUUCAGGUAUUAAUGGGUGUUAAACAGAACUAAUUGAUUUAAUGGCUGAGCGAGAAUCAGAAAAAGAAAUAUGAUUCCCUUUCGCCAUUACUUGAUAGCCUUCAGAGGCUUCGCCAUAUAGUAAUAAAUAAGUAAGUAAAAAUUAAUAUUAUCUAAAAACUAGUUCCGAACUCCUAACGGACGUCAGAUGAAAUGUCGCUGUGUCUGAAAUUAACUAUAUAGUCUUGGAAAGGCUUAAAAUAAACCUUUCUGUUUGAGCACGAACUUGACUAUAAAUGUACUUCCUUGUGGUAAUAGGAUCAACCACAAAUUGUGACCAUGCAACUGAACUAACAGUGAAAUUCAAAUUUAAAAGUAGUCAAAGACUAUACAGUUAAAUUAAGCUUAUGCUGGCUCAAACACUCUAACCAGAAUACAAAGUCUAAAUGUUGGCAGCAAUUAACAGAAAGUCGAACAAAUUACAAAUUUAUCAAUGCUUACGUAACGUGGUCACAGGGGGAACAAACUCUCUCGGUCCAAUCCAAAAACCUCAUUAAAUAUUCUCUAACUCAUUUACAUUUCUGGUGAGAAAAGAGUAAGGAGAAGUUAUAGCAAGGUCUAAAAUUAUGAAUAAAUGAUUAAUUAAAAUAAUAAUCUUAUAACCUAUGGAGUUUUUUCUUCAAAAGGAAAAAAAUGGAUAAGCGUUAGAUUUUUUCUUAAAAAAUUAAACAUAUGAUCUAAAAUAAGUUUUAUUGUUUAUAUCAUCGUAAAGUGCAUAACUUUAUUUGCGGUAUGUACAGUUCUCAUUCCGAUCAGUCUCUUCUGAGGAACACACGAUUUCGUUGUCAUUUUCACUAUCGUUAUUGAAAACGUUUUUUCCCACUGUAAAUAGUACCUACUUUCAAAUGAUAGAUAUGAAAAGCCCUUUGCUUUUAAAUUUUAACGUAAAAUGUCCUGGGGCACUUUUAGACAUUGACCAUAUUCACAUGAACAUUCAGGCGAUCGAUGCUGUUUUGGUAAACGGAAUGCUGCCUACAAUGCCAUCAAUGUAUGUUCAUGUACGAUGUAUUUUUUUUAACAAACAAGCUGAAAAACAAAAAUGCUUGUGAAAUUAAUGGUUUAUUACACAGGUCAAGAUUAAUUCCUCAUCUAUCUUCUUGAAAAUCAAGAUGCGGAUAUUAACAAGUGCAUGCGGUGUUUCAUUAGUUCUAUUCUGCGCAUUCAUAAAAUACAUUUUAAGGUCCUGUAAUCAUCUUAACGUAUAUAAAGGUUAUCUUAAUCAUCCGAAGUAGAGGAAAAUGCUAUCUCUUCUAACAUUAUUUGUUUCCCUAGAAAGUUCUGAACGAAGGCACUUCUCUUUAGAUAGAUAACCUUUGCUCAAAUGGGCUAAUAAUAUACAAAUAAAUCAAUAUUUAAGCUAAUAAUGUAGCAAAUAAGACUGAUAAAUAUCUGAAAGAAUAUUAGAAAAAUGGUCACUGUAGUUGAUAACCGUGCUGUGAUUAUGGAGGCUACUGUAGUAAGAAAUGAUUUUUUUAUUUUCACAUUUUAUCAGUUUGGAAAAGGUAAAGGUACCCUUAAAGUAGAGAUUAGAGAAGAACGUAUGAUUUAGGAAAAGAAUCACAAGCAGAUUUAUGGUAAACUUCUUCAUGUUAUAGCAUCACCUAAUGCUUUUCUUCCCGAGUGAAAGAAGUUUCUAUCGAUGGUUGUUUUGGUUCCGCCAGAUUAAGGCAGAAGGGCUUUUUUACCUUUUAGAUUGGAUAUACCAUUGGUGGAGGGAAGUAAAAGAAAAGAGAGCAGAUAGAAAGUUGUUUGCGUAAAAACGCAUCAGCAUCUAUCUAACUUUUCCUGAUACGAAUUUUUAAAAUGUACUCAUUUUUUUCUGAAUAAUUUUAUUAACAAAUUAAUGAAAAAAAAUCAAAAAAGCAAUUAAAUUUAUUUUCCACACCCGGGUGUCAGAGGACUGAAAUACUUCAAGAUGGCAACAUACUUAAACUCGAAAAAUUGGCCACUCAGCAUGUAAUUAGUUGUGUUAAGUUUGAAGAUAUAUAACUUUGUUUUGGUUCAGUUGAUUAUGCUUUCGAAAAAUCGCAAAGCAUUGAAACGCAUAUGCGAUUGCAUAAAUAUUGCAUGCAAAAUCUCAGACAAGUUGAAGUAAUUCUCAGCUGCCAUCCUCGUCACCAGCACCAGCCCCUUUAUGCUCUGUACCUGCAAUGAAUUAAUUUUAUCUUAAGUUAGUUUUUUCGGCUUCUCUUAUUCCAUGUAUAUACUUAUCUCCUUGAACUGUAAACCCUGAAUUAUGAACCUUGAAUUAUGUAUUUUGCCUUAUUUUAUUGUUUUCACUGUUUUGCCUUUUUUUAUUUUAUGUAUUAUUUCGCUUUUUAGUAUUUUACUUCU